AAUCCCCGGCAACGGCGCCAUUUGACGAAAGAGUUUUAGCGGUAGUAAAUUUUACUCUAAAAGAGCUCCAUUUAUUCCCGUGUUGUAUUCACGUGGAUUGCGUAAAAAUACAUUUUCUAUUAAAGUCUAGCUAGGCAAAGUAUACUCCUGGAAGACCGACCAUAUGUUGCCGGUGGCCAAGGACAAGAUCCGAGAGCAGUUGGCCAAAAAAAGGAGAUGCCGCUCGUCCUUGCGAACCAAACAAAAGAGAUGGCAAAGCUAUCCAACCUUGAUGGGGAGGUGGAUAGGGAGAAGAAGGAGCUACAAGCGGAGAACACCCGGCUGAUGGAGGAGAACAACCGGGUUAUGGAAGACAACUGCGAGCUCAGGAGGUCGUUGGAGCAGAAGAAGGCCAACCUCCCGGUUGAGGCCGUAGCAUGGGCGAGAGAGCAUCAGGUUGAACUUGCUAAUGAGCUUCUCUGCUCCCCCGAGGCAACAAUGAACAUCUUCACGACCCUGUACAAGAAGCCAGAGGGAAGGAAGAUGAUCACGGCUAUGGGCUCUUAUGGCUUCAUGGUUGGCCAGAAGCAGGAAUGGGCCGCCACCCAUCAUGUUCUCUUAACCCGGGAUCCCGACUUCUUCCCAGAAGCCUAUGACCUCCCACCAGUGCCUGAAGAUGAACUGGCUCCCCCUUUUCCUCUAUCAUGAAUUCUUGUUUUAUGAACUCUUUAUUUCCGCCUGGGUAUGCCUAGUGGUAAUUAAUGAUGUACUUGUAACAUUAACUCUGAAUUUGUUACUCGAUACUUUUGCUUGCUUUCAUAUUAUAUUACUUUAUUUUGUUUAUAUGAGUUGUUAGGUAGGUGUUUACACUCUGUCUUUAUUUUUCUUUAUCUUGAAUGAUUUCCUUCUUACUUGAUCGUAAUUACUUUCCCAUUCAAUAUGUUAUAUAUUUCUUCACUGCAUCACCUUCUCCAAGUUUUUAACAUAGCUGGAACUGACUGACCUU